AUGUUACAUCGAAUUAAAUUAAAUAUUUAUUUAUUUUACUUACUAUUAAUAUUAAUAUUAAUUGUAGAAGCUAAUAAAUGCUUUACAGUAAAUAACAACGAUCUAGUACCUCAGUAUGAAUUAAUAAAAAAUUCACGGUCAAUUAAAAGUGUAAUUGUUGAAAAAAAAUUGUCAUUGAUAGAAUGCCAAAAAUUAGCAAUAACGCGCAAAGCAUUAGCCUUUAAUUUCUACAAAAAGAAUAAUAAAAAAUUAAACUGUCAAUUACUAGAAUGUCCUGAAAUAAAUUCAUUUAGUUCACUUAUACGUGAUAAUAAAUUUAAUUAUUAUAGUUUGUACCCACGAUAUUUAUAUCCUGUGAAUAUAACAGUAAAGUGUUUGCCGAGAGUAGGCGUAUUUAUUAUCUCAGAAGAAUCUAAAAAUUACACAGACGCUAAGAAAACAUGCGAGGAAGUAAACGGAAAAUUGGCACAUAUUAUCAGCGAAGAAAGAACUGAAGGACUUGCUAAAUUUAUCACCCAUAAUACCCCGGUAUUUGUGGGACUGAGUAAUCGUCGGAGCAGUAAGGAUCGUUUUUGGAAAAAUGAAUUUGAUGAGCCAUUAGACUGCUUCGAUUAUCGCGGGUGGAACAAAGGAGAGCCUUCUGCUUCAAGAGGAUGUGUGGGUUUAAUUGUUACCAAAUCGGUGAUAAGCGAUAAAACACCUGCGUGGCGAAUUCAGCAAUGA